AUGGAAACUAAUUCUACUGCGACUUCAUCAAUAGACCAUAGUUGCAAAGAGGAAGAUAAGAAUGAAUUAGAAAAGGAGAGAAGAAGAAGAAGAAAAGUAGAGAAGAGAAAAGGAAUUUUGGAGGAGGAAAUACUGAAUUUAUUUAUGCCUUCUCUCUCCAGCUUAAGUAAUGGGGUAGGUUUCUUAGUUGACAGGGAGCUUAGGAAGCUAGUGGUAGAAGUUAGGAGGGUGAACGAUAGGCUAGUGGCUAUUAAGUUGGUUGUGGGAGGGUCUACUUUAAAUGUGAUUAGUGUUUAUGCACCUCAAGUGGGUUUGGACGAGGAGAUUAAUAGGCUCUUCUGGGAAGAAUUUGAUGGGUUGAUACGUGGCAUUCUGCUCACUGAGAAGUUAUUCAUAGGAGGGAACUUCAAUGGUCACAUUGGGGGGACAUCUGGGGGGUAUGACGGCGUUCAUGACGGCUUUGGCUUUGAAGUUAGGAACGGAGGAGGUAUUUUGUUAUUGGAUUGUGCUAAAGCCUUUGAUUUGGUGAUUGCCAACUCAUGUUUUCCGAAAAGGGAGGAGCACUUGGUUACAUUUCAGAGUUUGAUGGCCAAGACUCAAAUUGAUUAUCUACUCCUUNUGUUGGCUAUGGGAGCAUAG